UUAAUUAAGUGGAGAAAGUUCUAUAUUUUAAGAGAUGUCAAUUAAAAAUGAAAAUACACUGUUAAACCCAAACAAUAAUAAUAAUAACAAUAAUAAUAACAACCAUUCUAAUAACCAGAUAUCACAACAACAACAACCACCACUUUGGGAUACCCAAUCAAAAUGUAUAUUACUAGAAUCAAUUGGAAAAUUUUUACCUUUAGGUGUUAAUAAGCAGUUUUCCAUUAUAAACUGUACAGUUAUUUUGCAUGAAAAAAUGCCACAGAAGAACUUUUCAUACGAACAGGUCUAUAAAGAAAUAUCAGAAUAUUAUAAUCUAGAUGAAUUGGAUGAUGAUGUUAUCGAUGAAGACGAAAAGGAAUUAUUUUAUUUACCAGCAUCAUACAAAACUAUGAUGGACGAAAAAGUAAAGAAAAAGUAAAUUUAAUUUUUUACUUUUUAGCUAUUACUACACAUAAAUGUAAUUUGU